GCUCGCGCGCGUUCCAUGCAUUUGUCUGCUGGCGCCUUGUCCCGUUGCAGCUCGGCGCCUAUUUAAGCCGCCUUUCCCUUCCCAGUCUAACGUUUCCUUCUCCUCGACCUCACUUCACCGUUCGUCUUCGUCCUCUCACCAGUCGUCACUCACCGCACUCUAUACGACUACGAGGGCCUACGGCUCGUUGCUCAUCAUGCUAGAGAAUCAAAAGCAAGCGGAGGUUCUCUGGCCGAGGCUGGUGGCCAACAAGCUCUUCCGGAAGCCCUCGGGCAGCCACAACUUCGUCGCCGACUUCCCGGUCGCCGAUGACGACGUCAUCGAGCCGGAGUACGACGGCGGAUGCAGCCCCGACGCGGACGCCAGCCGCUGCUUCAAGCGGCCGUGGCCACAGGAGCGGAACAAGACCCUCAAGUACAAGCUGUUCGCGAGCACGUGGAACGUCGGCGGCGCGGCGCCGCCGGACGACCUGGACCUGUCGGACUGGCUGGACGCGAGCAACGGCCCCUACGACAUCUACGUCCUCGGGUUCCAGGAGGUGGUGCCGCUGCGCGCGAGGAACGUGCUGGGCGCGGACAAGAACCGUAUCGGCAUGCGCUGGAACGAGCUCAUACGCGCGGCGCUGAACCGGUCGGCGGGCUCCCACGAGCAGAGGGGCGGGGGAGGGGCCCCGCAGAAGGUGCACCCGGUGAGGGACGGCGGCCGCGAGCUGGCAAGGGACUACCGGUGCGUGGUGAGCAAGCAGAUGGUGGGCAUCCUGCUCACCGUCUGGGUCCCCGGCGACCUCCGCCGCUUCGUCCGCCGCGCCAGCGUCUCCUGCGUCGGGUGCGGAGUCAUGGGCUGCCUCGGCAACAAGGGUGCCGUGUCCGUGAGGUUCUGGGUGCACGACACGAGCUUCUGCUUCGUGUGCUGCCACCUCGCGUCGGGCGGGCGGGAGGGCGACGAGGCGCACCGCAACGCCGACGCCACGGAGAUCCUCUCGCGGACGACCUUCCCCCGGGGGCACUCGCUCAACUUGCCGCAGAAGAUUCUAGACCACGACCGGGUGAUCUUGCUUGGGGACCUCAACUACAGGAUCUCCCUGCCGGAGGCCAAGACGAGGUUGCUGGUGGAGAGGAAGGACUGGAAGACACUGCUCGAGAAUGACCAGCUGCGAAGCGAGGUGUGCCAAGGCGGCGCGUUCCAGGGCUGGAACGAGGGGGCCAUCACGUUCUCGCCGACGUACAAGUACUACCCCGACUCGGACGCGUACUACGGCUGCGUCCAGGGCAGGAAAGGCGAGAAGCGGCGCGCGCCGGCAUGGUGCGACCGCAUCCUGUGGCACGGCGCGGGGCUGAAGCAGAAGCAGUACGAUCGGUGCGAGUCCCGGCUGUCGGACCACCGCCCGGUCCGCGCCGUCUUCACGGUGGAGGUGGACGCUCCCAGGAACCUCAACUCGCUCAGGAGCUUCUUCAUGUCCGAGAGGUUGGACAGGGUCAGGAGCUCCGCCGACCAGCUGCUCCGGAAGGACGACACGAACAGCGCUAGAUUUGGCGAAACUAUUUGAGGCAGACGGACAGAGAGGAUGAAAUUUUCAGUCCAAGUUUCAAAUUGUACACAGCCAAAGGAGAGAGGUAGUAUAUAUGAUUGUUCUGUUCAGAGUGUUCAUAUCUACAGCAUAGCUAGGAUACAGAUGUUUUCCCCCUUGUUCCUGACUUUCUAUAACUACAUUUGUACGCACUCUUCUUGAUCCAAUGAGUUGUCUCAAAUUUCUUUGGAUAGACAAGCAUGAUGAUUUUUACUUUACCACUGUAAAACGUGCAAGUAUCGGAAUCUGUGGCUA